AUGAUCAAACAAAUAAUAAAUCCAAAAAAUUAUAAUCAAGUUAGAUUAUUAAAUAAUUCAACAACAACAACAAAAUUUAAAAAUAUUAGAUUUUGUUCUACUACUAAUACCAAUAGUAAUAAUGAUAUUAAUAAUAAUGGUUUUAAUAGUGAGGAUCAAAAUAGUAAUAAUAACAAUGACCAAAAUAAUAAUAAUGAAAAGAAAUCGAAAUUUUUUAAAUAUAGUGUUUUGGGCGGUCUUACCGGAUUGGGUUUAGUUGCAACCAGUUCAUUAUUAUUGGAUGAAAAAGUAAAUGAUAAUCAUGUUAUUUCACAAUUAGAAAUCCCAAGAGAUCCAAAAAGUAAAAAAGAAAGAGUUAUCAUUCUUGGUACUGGUUGGUCUUCAUUAGCAUUUACCCAAGGUAUCGAUUUAGAUAAAUAUGAAAUUAUCGUUAUUUCACCAAGAAAUUACUUUUUAUUUACUCCAUUAUUAACAUCGUCUGCAGUUGGAAGUGUUGAAGUUAGAAGUAUUAUUGAGCCAAUUAGAAGAGUAUUGUUUAGAUUAACCAAAGCACAUACAACAUAUAUCGAAGCUAAAUGUACAGAAAUUGAUCAUGAAAAUAAUCAAAUAGUAAUUAAAUCAAAUGACGGAAUCGUUGCAAAAUUACCAUAUGAUCAAUUGGUUAUAGGUGUAGGAAGUGAACCAAGUAGUUUUGGAACCAAAGGUGUCGAAGAGAAUACCAUCUUUUUAAAGCAUGCUAUGGAUGCACAUAAAAUAAGACAAAAGAUUAUGGAUUGUUUCGAAAAUGCAUCCAUUCAAAAAAUGGUACCUGGUACCACCGAAGAGGACUUAAAGAACCUUUUACAUUUUGUAUUGGUAGGUGGUGGCCCAACAGCAGUCGAAGCAAGUGGCUCAUUACAUGACUAUAUCAAAGAAGAUUUAUCAAAAAUGUUCCCACACAUUGCACAAUACUCUAAAAUCACUUUAAUACAAUCAGCAGACCAUUUAUUAAAUACUUAUGAUUUAAAAAUCUCAGAGUACACCGAAGGCCAAUUCCAAAGAUCUGGCAUUGAAGUAUUAACCAAUACUCGUGCAGUCGAGGUUAAAAAAGAUCGUAUUGUUAUCAUGAAGAAAGCCCAUCAACGUCCACCAGGCGAGCCAUUAAAGGAAACCGAGAACCCAAAGAAAGGACCAGAGGUUUCAGUUCCGGUAGAAAUUCCAUUUGGUAUGUGUGUUUGGAGUACAGGUGUCGGUCCAAAUGAUUUAGUACGUUCAUUCUGUAACAGUAUCGAAACCCAAAAAAACAGUAGAGCCAUCACUACUGACCAUCAAUUGCAAGUAAUCGGUAUCAAAAAUAAGAAUGUUUAUGCAGUUGGUGAUUGUUCAACCAUUUCACAAUCACUUUUAAUGGCUAAAAUCAAUGAUCUCUUUAAAGAAGCAGAUACCAACGGUGAUAACAAAUUAUCAUUUGAUGAAAUCAAAGUAUUAUUCUCAAAGCACUCUAAAGACUACCCACAACUUAGACCAUACAGCGAUGGUUUCAUUGAAUUCUUUAACGAGUUUGAUUUCAACAAGGAUGGGUUUUUAAGUUUAAACGAGUUUAAGGGUUUAAUGUGCAAAGUCGACUCUAAUCUAACCACACUUCCAUCCACUGCUCAGUGUGCAAAUCAAAUGGGCAAAUAUUUGGCUGAUUCCUUUAAUGAAAAGCAUGGAAAAGGUAAAGAUCAUACUGUAGAGCCAUUCCACUAUAAACAUUUAGGUAACUUUGCAUAUAUUGGUAAAAGCAAUGCUAUUGCUGAUAUUCCCGAUCUUAUUAAAGGUGGUGGCAUUGGUGUCUAUAUUAUGUGGAAAUUCGUAUAUCUUGAAAAACAAUUCUCAUUCCGUAAUAAAUUUUUAGUUUUUACUGAUUGGAUCAAAACUGGUUUAUUUGGACGUGAUAUCAGUAGAAUUUAA